UAUCCAAAUUAACUCGCUAGUUCAACUUAAAAUACGGGUGACCCCUGCAAUGGGCUGUUGAAAAUAUCAAAAACUACUAUAUUAUUUUAGUUGAUAUUUUCAAGAUGGAAUUUAUACCUACGCCCUAUCGUCCUUUCUCUCCAUUUCCAUGAUAAAUUUUAUUCUAUUUGACAGGAGAUGCUGCCUGUCAGCCUCAAGUUUUAACAAGAUGGUUUCCCAAUCGAUACGCACCAUCCAAAAGUCACAAAUCAAACGCACGGGAUAAAGAAAUAUUUCUAAAUAAUGUAAUUGGCUUGACCUCAGUGACUCAGACAGUCAGAGUCGCUUCUGCAAUUUCACACUUCUGCUACAACGAGUACGAGCGCGAGUCAAACGAAUAUCAGUUUUGCUUGUCAGAAAAUGUUAGUCAAUGGUAUUUCAAUGACCAAAAACUUCAUCAUCCCAGAUGCCAUUCACAUAUUAGCCCCCAACAGUACGUAAUUGGAAGGGUCCUUUUUUUUUUAAUUCCUUUUGUGGGAUUAAAAAGGCUAUUGCCAUGAACUUUUUCAGUAUUCAUCUCCUUUCAGCUUAACCUUAAAACACAAGAAAAAGAAAGCAAAACUUCUAACUAAAACUUCCAAGAUUUGCAAGUUCUACAAGAAAAUGGAUAGCCAUACGCUUGGAGAAAUUACAGGCUUCCGAGAAGAACUCAUAAAGAAAGCAUGUUCAAUUGCCAUGGCAGCACACAAGUCACAGACAAAGCCAUACAUUGCAGAAAAGUCUCGAACCUCAUCGGAUGUUUUAUUCAGUUUCCCUGGAUCCUGGUCUGUGGGUCAUUGGUUUACUCGACAACCUUUUGGGGAAAUCAAGGUUGAUCAAUCAGAGUUGCUGUCUCCCAUGGGCAACGAUAAAGUUGCCACAUCUCUUAGAAGUAUUGGUUGUGAUGAACUUGCAACUGUUAAUGAAGGGUUUUUGAGAAGAUUAGAGAUGAUUUUAUCAAAUUCUUCCCUUCAAAAAGAGGUUGAAAAAGCUAAUACAGAGCAGAAGCAGAUAGUUUUCACUGGGCAUUCUUCUGGUGGUGCUAUUGCUAUCCUAGCAACAGUUUGGUUCUUGGAGCAGUACUUUAAACCUAAGAAAACUGGGAUGUCACCUCUUUGUGUGACUUUUGGAUCCCCUUUUGUUGCUGAUUUCAUUUUUAACCAUGCUCUUAGACGAGAGAACUGGUCGAACUACUUCCUACAUUUUGUGAUGAGAUAUGAUAUUGUCCCUCGGGUUUUGUUUGCCCCUUUGUCUUCCAUGCAACGAGAACUAGAGCAGAUUCUUUAUCUGUUAAACCAGAAGGCAAGGAAUUCAAUUCAGGGAUCUAUCGCAGAAGCAUCAAAGUUUUACCAAACUGUGAUGAGAAAUGCAUCAGCUCUUGCCAGCCAUGCCGCCUGUCAGCUAAUGGGAAACGCAAACCCCAUAUUGGAAACAGUAGCAAGCUUCAUUAACCUAAGCCCUUAUAGACCCUCUGGAACUUUUGUCUUCUGCACUGGAAAUGGGAAGCUGGUUGUGGUGAGAAACGCGGAUGCUAUUCUGCAACUACUGUUCUACUCUUCUCAGUUGUGCUCCGAGAAUGAACUUGAAGCCAUUGCUGAGAGAAGCCUUAACAACCACUUUGGUUAUCGAAGUGAGCUUCAAGAAAGCUUAAGUAAGCAAAAUGUUGUUAACUUAGAUCAUUUGGAAGGGCUUCCACUCUCCUCAAAUGGCGCAGCAGCUGAGAAUAUAGCAAUAAAUAUGGCCUUAACUGACCUUGGCCUGAGCACUAGAGCCCGGCUGUGUCUUCGCGCUGCAGGAGAGCAGGAGAAGCAAAAACUAAGUAACCAGCAAAUAAUGGAUAAGAAGAAGAAAGACAUUGAUAAAGGACUAGCAGUGCUAGAAGAGUACAAGAACAAAUCUGCAGUUUGCCAGGUAGGCUAUUACGAUGCCUUCAAGAUUUCAAAAGACGUGGAUGAUUUCCAAGCAAAUGUAAAGAGGCUGGAGCUAACAGGAAUAUGGGAUGAGAUAAUUGAAAUGCUUAACAGGCAUGAACUCCCUGAUGGAUUUGAGAGCGAAAAAGAUUGGGUAGAGCUUGCGACCAAGUAUCGUCGCAUUGUUGAGCCAUUGGAUAUUGCCAACUACUAUCGACAUGCAAAGAAUGAAGACACAGGACCCUAUAUGCACAAAGGCAGGCCAAGACGAUACAGGUACACCCAAAGAUGGCUUGAACAUGCCUUAAGAAUGCCUGUUGGAUCAAGUGAAGAAUCCUGUUUCUGGGCUGAAGUAGAGGAGUUGCUGCUGCUCUAUCAGGGAAAGGAUUUUAAACCUGGAGCAUUUGAAGACAUCAGGGAAAGGAUUUUGAACCUGGAAAGAAAGUUGGAGGAAUGGAUUCAUGGCAACCAAAUAAGCAAUGAUGUGUUCUUGGAAGGUUCUACUUUUACGAAAUGGUGGGUAUCACUUCCUCACCAACAUAAAUACGUCUCUCGAAUCCGGGGUUUAAUGAAUAGAUGAGCCGUUUACCAUGGCUAGAAGAAACUGAUAGACGAGCAUUGGGGACUGACUGAUCUGGCAGCUCAUUAGGUGCAGCUGUCUCACUUGUUACUGUGGGUUUCUGUGUAAGCAAUAUCUGGUAGUAAUUGGAUUGCAGAACAUGUCCAAACAAGAAAAGCUUUGUAAGGGACAGAGAAAGAUGGCAUUUAUUUAGCUUGGAUUUUUGUUAUGUAUUCAGUUUGAUUUCGUUUGAAGAAUACUAGCAACAACUUGGUUUGAAUUUGAUACUUACUAUGAAAAACCCAAAUCAAGCAAUGGCUAAUCUUAAAUAUUCAUUUUAUACCAUGCAUUCACUCGAAUUAAUUAAUUUUUUGUUUUACUCAUAGCCUAGAGAUAAGAAACAAAAUUGUAGAUCCAACAAUGUUAAUUUCAAA